CGAGCUGGCUCUGGUCCUCUGCUAUAUAUCUCUCACGCAAAUACGCACACUCUUCUCAAAUUUUGCCCCAAAUCUCAACCCUAAUUCCCAAAUCCCAACCCCUUCCAAUCAAGCUCCACACUUUUGCCUCAGAUUCUUCAGAUUACAAACUUUCUCUUACUUUAGUCUCUUUUAAUUUAUUAUAUAUACUUGUAAUACGAAACCAGGGUUUAAUCCCGAUCCUACAUGUUCAAUUGAGCCAUAGCUCUUUUAAUUUCUCAUUCUAGAUUAGAUUUCAAUAUUCAUAUUCAAUAGUCGUACACAGAUUCUUGUUAUGUAAUCAAAAAACAAAAUCAGAUUUAGGGUUUGAGUUUGCCGCCAUCGAUGGACAUGGAGAGCUCGCGCAGGCCGUUCAACAGAUCGAACGAACCAGGCUUGAAGAAGCCCCGAUUGAACGACGACCAAGGCGUCGGGAAUCCGAAUCUGAACGGCCGAGGCUUCGGACAAAGGCCCGGCGGAGCUAAUCCGGCGCUGUCGAGGUUCAGAGUGAGUGAUAGAGAGCUGGAGAGGGACGGCGGCGGAGCCUAUGUGCCGCAGCCAUUGCAGCACCAGGAGCUUGUGAGCCAGUACCGGACGGCGCUUGCGGAGCUGACGUUCAAUUCGAAGCCGAUCAUUACGAAUUUGACCAUCAUUGCUGGGGAGAGCCUUAAUGCGGCUAAGGCUAUCACUGCGACGAUUUGCGCCAACAUUAUUGAGGUUCCUAGCGAGCAGAAGUUGCCAUCGCUUUAUCUUCUGGACAGUAUUGUAAAGAAUAUUGGAAGAGAUUACAUAAAAUACUUUGCUGCCAGAUUACCUGAGGUAUUCUGCAAGGCAUAUAGACAGGUUGAACCUCCUAUACAUCAAAGCAUGCGUCAUCUUUUUGGAACUUGGAAAGGUGUCUUCCCUGCUCAGACACUUCAGAUGAUUGAGAAAGAACUUGGGUUUACUACUGCAGCAAAUGGUUCGUCGUCUGGAGUUUCAACAUCUAGACCAGACUCACAGUCGCAACGUCCAGCACAUAGCAUUCACGUAAACCCCAAAUACUUGGAAAGACAGCGUCUUCAGCAUCCACCGAGGACAAAAGGGAUGGCUAAUGACUUUGAUGGGACUAUGGCAAACUCAAUUGAUGAUGUAGAGAGGUUGGACAGAGUAGCUGGUAUCAGUGCUGGACGAGUAUGGGUUGAUCCUCCAGUUAAAAUGCCGAUUAUUCAACGUUCAACCAGGGAUGCACUAAGUGAGCGUUUUCAUGAGAAGAAUAUUGGUGCCGAAUAUGAUGAAUCUGAUUAUGAUUCUGAUCUUCCUAGGAGGUCAAACUUAGGCAUUGGGCGAUCUGGUGGGAAUAUUAUCCAGCAAGGACAUGAUAAACCUUGGUAUGGAGGUGUCAGCAGUGCUGCCGAAACAAUUUCCAUCCAAAGGAAUGGUUUUAACAAGAAGCACGGAUUAAAUUACUCUGCACCUAAAUCUGCAAAUGCUGAUCCUCGUCUUCAGACACCACAAGUCAUUGCAAGUAGGAAUAGGGGUGGGUUGUCGAGUAGUUGGAAGAAUUCUGAGGAAGAGGAAUACAUGUGGGAUGAUAUAAACUCAAGAUUAACAGAUCGUGUAACUCCUGAUCUUUCUAGUAACAUAAGAAAAGGGCACUGGAUUUCUGAUGAUUCUGAGAAAUUGGACUUUGGAGGUGGCUCUCGUAAGGUGAGCAGAGUAAAUGAUAUGGAGGUGGCCACUGAUAGUGUUGAACAGAAAGACUUAUCUGCUCUUGGGCGCCGUAUGCCAUCACCUUGGUCAUUGCAAGAGUCAAAUGUUGUGGAACGGCUGACCUCUUCCGGUGCCCCGGUCAUGAGUUCCGCUCAUUCAGAGCGUUAUGUAUCAGGUUUAAGUGGGUUAUCAACAAGUGGAGAUUCUUCUGUGGCGAGUAGAGCACAGAUGAUUUCUUCUCGUAUUGGGGCCUCAAGCUUUGGGUUGCCGACAAAUGCUGCAUCAGGGUCUAAUGGUGCUGUAGUGAAACAGAAGCAGAUUCCAUUGGUCAGAGCUGCAUCAAAAAUACAGCAUCCUCGUCAUUAUAUGGCUGAGCAAGACCCGGUUCAGGUGCCAUCCCUUCCUCCUGACUUGAAAGCAUCUCAAAUUUUGGCAAAGUCGGAGUUAGGAUCACAUGGUCAGUAUACCGAGGACUCUUUGCCUGUUCCAACUUCCAAUGUUCGAAUUAGUGGCAUGACAAAAUCACAGCCCCAAGAUUUGAAGGCUUUGUCUUCGUCAAUGGCUGCCAUCCAAUCAAGGCACCAGUAUCCUUUCCAACAACAAGACAGUGCAGAGCCUGAAUCCUUGGAACAGACACAGAAGCCCCAUGUAAUGCCCUCAACAGUCAGAAAUUCUAUAUCAGAUCUUUCUAAUCUCCUUGCUCCAGAAACGUCAGGACAGUCUAGCACAAGUAGUUUGUUGGCUGCUGUUUUGAAGACUGGAAUUCUUUCUAAUAAAUCAUUCACUGGUAGCCUUCCUAAUUUGAAUCUAGGUGACAAGGAAAAACUGCCACCACAGUCGAGCGGUCAACCCCCCUUGCCAAUUGGACGACCACCUACCAAAGCUGCAGUUCCGGGGUUAAAGGUUGCACCGGCACCUUCAUUAGGCCAUCUUUCCGGUGAUAACUCACCAACCACCUCAAGCACUCUGCAGAAGGUUGGACAUCUAUCUCCUCCACCUGGCCAACUGCCUUUGUCCCAAGAGCGUAGCUCAACAGAAAAAGAUUCAAAUGCCAAGGAUCCAAUAUCAAACCUUUUGAGCUCUUUGGUUGCCAAAGGGUUGAUAUCUGCAUCAAAGUCAGAGUCACCGACAUUUCUGCCAUCUCAAAAGCUGGUAGAAGGGCAAAGUCAGAACUUACCUAUGAUUGGCACCAGCUCCAUCUCUCCAGUUUCAGAAUCUUCAAAAGUUGCUGUUUCAUCUCAAAGGGAUGAUGCACCUCUCACAGAACAGGUGGCUAAACCGCCUGCUGCCUCGGCCCAAUCUACUAAGACCGAAAAAAGGAAUCUAAUAGGAUAUGACUUCAAGCCAGAUAAAAUCCGAGAACUACAUCCAUUUGUCAUUGAUGAGCUUUUUGAUGACCUUCCACAUAAAUGUAGCCUAUGUGGCCUUAGGCUCAAACUUAAAGAACGUCUUGAUAGUCACUUGGAAUGGCAUGCUUCGAAAACUCCUGAAGCAGAUGGUUCAAAGGCAUCAAGGGGGUGGUAUGCGAAUUCAAUCAACUGGGUUGGUGGGAAGGCAGGAAACUCUUCUGAACUUGUCAUCGAUUCAAAUGACAUGACUGUGGUCAGUAAUGAGCCCAUAAUUCUGGCUGAUGAAAGCCAAUGCGCAUGUCUUCUAUGUGGCAAUACUUUUGAAGACUUCUAUUGUCAAGAAAGUGAUGAAUGGAUGUUUAAAGGAGCCGUGUAUAUGACUGUUCCAGCUGGGGAUGGUGAGCUUGGAACUGCAGGUGGGAGCAUUCUGAAGGGUCCCAUUGUGCAUGCAAGUUGUAUUGAUGAAAAUUCACUUGAGGAUUUGGGACUGGCUGCUACACGAAUUAAAUUGGAAAGUGAUGUUUAGUUCUCCAAAAACUAAAGAUAGAUGUGGACCGAAGAGUCAUGAAUAUAUGAGAAUUCAGGUUACUUGUGUAUUUUCAGUUGAGUUUUUCAGUGCUAUUUGUGUUGUGCCACAGAUACGUGGUGGGAGAUUUGUACGAGCUCCAUUUUUUCUAUUUGUUUCAUUGUAGUUGAGAGGAAAAGAAAAAAUAGAUCUACAUUUCAGAUAGUUUGCAUCUCAGUGAUUCUCUUAUGACUUUACGAGUGAUGAGAUUUGAUGUUUUGCUAUUUGUUUGUUA